AUGGAUGGGGUUAGUCAGGACUUAAGCUUACAUAAUACACAGCCGUUGGACUUCAACUACAAUAGUCUCCAACUUGCGGAUUAUGAAGCUGCAAUGCUCUCUCUUCUGGAGAUGUCUAGCAUGGAUUCAGAGGGCGCUAGUUCACAUCUGCCUUUUCUACCUCCUGUAGAGCGUGAGGUUCCAGUUCCUCCAUUCAUCUGGCCUACUCCAUAUGUCCGGCCCACACCUCACAUGCCCCUUGCUUUUCAGCCAGAUGCGGGGCUCCAUGGGUCUCAGCCUCCCGUGACCAUCAAAACUCUUACUCAUACUCAAGCACCUACACCUCCUGCAUCGCAACCACCACCUUUAGCACCUGCAACACCCAGACCUACUGGUCCCUCUACUGUCGCGCCAGAUACAGCAAUCCCUGUGCCUGAGGCUCAACCUCCGGUGAGAAUUGAAGCUCUUGGUCCUACUCCCCCUGCCACAUCUCAGGCUCCUGAGAUGCCUAGACCUCCUCUCGCUGGAUCUCAGACAGACCCAGUGGUACUUGGGCCCCAGCCUCCUGUGACCAUUGAAGCUCCUGCUCAUACUCCCUCCGCAAUGCCUAUACCUCCUGCUCCCCCUGCAUCUCAGAAGGCACCUGCCUCUGAACCUUGUGCUCCCUCUGCAUCUGAGCCAACACCAGCACUUUCUGUGUCGUCUGUGUCAGCAACUGAGCCUCUUCUGCUCACAGUGUCUCAGCUCAUUGAUCACCAUGUUGAAGAUGAGCAGCCUGGUGCUUGGCGUACUGGUAGGGCACGCCAAUCAGUCCCUUUCAAUCGCCAUGAAUUGGACAAUGACAUUGGUGAUGCUCCUCGACGGUCUGGUCAAGUGGGCGGAGGCACGAGUGCUACAUCAAAACGCGGCAGCAAGCGCAAUGCUGAAAACACUGGUAAUGCAUCUAAAAAGUUAGUGUCUUUGAAUUUUUGUCGUUUGCCAUCAUUGAGUUCUCGUUUAGAAGAUUGA